AUGACCGCCAGUUCUAGGCUGAGUUAUAUCCGCCACCAGAUCAAACAGCAAGCCGUUAAAUGUCAAUCUUCCUUUCCAAUUGUUUCUGCGGCUCCCUGGGUCGAUAGUAUACUAUCUAGAGCCCGUCAAGUUCCAUUCAUUUGUUGUCUUGCUCUAUAUCUGUUGUUCGUCUGCAGUUCGUUACUAUUCUCGUCCAUACAAUUCACAUCGGCACUUCAUGCCAAUACCCUCAGCCGAGAGUCACUUGUUGCUGAAUCAGGUCUGGCAAAGAAUGUUGACCCAUCGAUUAAUGAGUCAACGCUGUGGGCGCCCCCAUCCCCAGUCCUAAUUCCGGGAUCACCAAAUGCCGAAGUUGAGACAAUCCCCAAAAUCAUUCAUCGGAUGUGGAGAGGCCCAGCCUCAGAAAUACCAGAAGAAUGGUCCAACGCUACCAAGUCCUGCCAAGAACAGAAUCCCUCAUACCAGCAGUAUCUCUGGACUGAUAAGACGGCGCAUGAGUUUAUCGAAACUCAUUUCGGGUGGUUUCUGUCGACCUAUACAUCACAUCUGCUGCCUCACCAACAGAUCGAUGCCCUGCGGUAUUUUCUGGUCUGGCACUACGGAGGCAUCUAUAUAGAUCCAGAAGUUGGCUGUCAACGACCGAUGAAUCCGUUGGUCAACGGUACAGCAGCCUUACUGCUCAGGAGCUGGCCGUAUGGGGUGAGCAACAAGCUGGUUGCUAGCACGCCAAGCCAUCCUUUCAUAAUCAAGGUUGCUUUGAGUAUUCACGAUCACCACGUGUCGUUUGUGCCGGCUACUGUGACGGCCUUCUUCAGGUCGGGCUCGAUUCUCAUCAGCCGGAUCCUGGCGGCAUGGCUUCGUUCCACUGGGGAUGAGUCCGGCGUGGCCAUCCUGUCACCCGCUCUGUUUGAGGCAACUGGUGAUUCCUUCUUUGUGUCAUAUGAAGGAGCUCGAGCCAGAGGUGACGAGGUUGCCGUCUCGGAGCAUGUAUUCGGUAAUUUGAUCGGGUGGUGUGGGGCGGGGAUUGCGCUCGUUAUCAUGGCCACGGUGGCUUUUGGCCUGGAGAGAAAAUCAAGAAGAGGUCAUCGAGAAUCCGUAGCGAUUUCUGUAUAA